AACGAGGACUACGGGGUCAGAAACGCAAUUAUGAAAACAGAGGAAGAGUAGACGUUUUGUGUAAUUUAAAAACCUACCGUACUCCUACGCUAUCUUCUUCCCCUCUCUGCUCCAAAUAAAUUCGUAAUCUCUCCUCUCUCUCCCUCUCUCUUAUUUUUCUCGUCGUUCAUCAUCUCUCUCGUUCUUUCAUAUUUUUGUGCAACCCCUCGUAUAAAUAUAUUGAGUGAGAGAGAAAUAAUAGAAACAGACUUUGAGUGCAAGAAAAAGCAAGAGAAUGCAGAGGCAUAAAGCUACAGUUAGCAACAACUCUGAUAUGUAUUGCCACCCUUCUUUCUAUCUCAGUGGGAGAAAUGAGACUACGCGUUUUGCGGAUCUUGGUGAGCUUGAUGAAUCAACUGCCUUUCAUCAGGAGGAUGCUGUUGUUUUAAGUCCAAGCCCCGUGUAUUAUGAACUAAAGCAACCAAAUGUGACUAUUCUCUCCAACAACAACUUGCACUUUGGGGGACACACCACGAAUUAUAGUUCAACAGAGAUGGUGGGAUCAAGAGGGGUAGUAGAUACAGGGCAGCAGAUGAUGAUGCACAAGGAGGCAGCAACAAUGGUGGGAUUGGGAGGUGGAAAUGCAUUGGGAAAUGGGCAUUUUGAGAACUGGGGAGACUCUGGACUUGCAGAUAAUAGCCAACAGACUGACACGUCUACAGAUGUUGACACUGAUGACAAAAACCAGUAUAUCAGAGUUCCAAGUGGAGCGGUGACAGUUGUGGAUUCAGUUGAUCAAUCAAGCGCAAGACCUGGGGACCAAAAGACCCUUCGCCGGUUGGCUCAGAACCGAGAAGCUGCUAGAAAGAGUAGAUUGAGGAAAAAGGCAUAUGUCCAGCAAUUGGAGACCAGUCGCCUAAGGCUAACGCAAUUGGAGGAUGAACUUAAACGAGCACGUCAGCAGGGAUUAUAUAUGUCUGCUGGAAUUUGCGGAGAUCAAACUCAUCCGACUGGUUUAAAUGUUGCCAUGGCAUUUGACAUGGACUAUGCCCGCUGGUUAGAAGAACAUCAGCGACUGGUCAAUGAAUUGAGAUCAGUAAUGAAUUCUCAUUUAGGGGAUGCUGAACUGCGUGUUCUUGUAGAUGGGAUAAUGUCACAUUAUGAUGAAAUAUUUAGGCUAAAGGGUGUAGCUGCAAAGUCUGAUGUGUUUCACAUGCUCUCUGGUAUGUGGAAGACUCCAGCUGAACGGUGUUUUAUGUGGUUAGGUGGAUUUCGCUCAUCAGAGCUUCUGAAGAUUCUAGGCAACCAACUUGAACCUCUGACAGAUCAACAGUUGAUGGGCAUAUGCAACCUCCAGCAAUCCUCUCAGCAGGCCGAGGAUGCCUUGUCACAAGGAAUGGAAGCUCUGCAGCAAUCCCUUGUGGAGACGCUCUCUUCAAAUUCACUGGGGCCUACUGGUUCUGGGAAUGUGGCUGAUUAUAUGGGCCACAUGGCGAUUGCGAUGGGCAAACUUUCUACGCUAGAGAAUUUCCUUUAUCAGGCGGACCUUCUGAGGCAGCAAACUUUGCAACAAUUGCAUAGAAUUUUAACAACUCGCCAAGCAGCUCGUGCGCUGCUUGUUAUCAGCGAUUACAUGUCACGUCUCCGAGCCCUGAGUUCCUUGUGGUUAGCACGUCCAAAGAACUAAGCUUAAUCCUCCACAUGGCGAUUCAGGUGAAACUCAGUAUAGAGAUAAUGCCUGGACCAUAUUCGUGUUUUUCCUUGUAGUUGUAGUGUGUGAAUGGGCUUAGGCAAUGCCUGCAGAAUAGGUGAGGGAAAUCCUGUUCAGCAGCAACUAACUAAUGGUAGUAUGACUUCAUAUUGUAAAUUAUGCUCCCGAGGGCUUGUCUUGUGUUCCUUCCCAAAUCUGGCGAUAUCUCUUCUGACA